AUGACCACCACUAACAGGAAAUCGCUGGGCCCGGCGGUUAGCGAUAUCGCUGGCUAUCAGCCUUUUGAAAAUGACCUUCUCGUCCAAUCGGAGUUGUUAAUUGAAAAGCAAAGAGAACACAUAAAAGAUUUAAAGGAGCGCCUUUUGGAAGCAGAUCGAUUACGACAGGGAGAAACUGGGAAGCGGGCCAAUGAGGUACGAAUUCUCAAAGAAGCCAACGCCAAAUUGCGGUUGGAGAUCGACCUUCUACGAGGGGAGCUAGCUGUGAAAGCUGAUGCAGCGGCCGUUGGGCAUGAGGGCAGUGGCCCUUGGAAGCGUGAAGUUGAGAUUCUUGAAAAGAAGCUCGAAGAAGCGAAUAAAAAGCUUCGAGACUUAUCGGCGGACAGCGAUCUUGUGGAUCGGUUGAGCCGCGAAAAUAAGGAUUUGCAGCAGAAGAUGAACGACAUUUCGGCGAAUACGCAUGUGGACGAGGAGAUGAAAACCGCGGAGAGGCUGCAGAUGCUUCAACAUCAGAUCAUAGACGCGGAAUCCGUACUGCAGAGUCUGCGGUCCAAAACAGAUGGUAAUGACUUGAUGAGUUCCUACGAUUAA